AUGACAUGACAACAAAGAUGGCGGCGCCUAUGAGCAACGUGGAUGAAAUUCGUGAUAUUGGGUGAAUUUGGCGUAAAAAAUGUCCAUACUACAGAUUAUCCAGGAAAUUAAAAGCCCCUAAAGACUCUUCAGAUCCCAAGGAGUUAUAUCUCAAUCACAUGGAUUAUUUGUGCAGCCCUAUGUGCAACACAAAAGAUGUAAGGCAGAAUGAAAGUUUCAGUCACCAUUCACUUUCCUUGUGUGGAAAAAAGAUUCAAUGAAAAUAAAAGUCUACUCGGGUGACACAAAAUGGCUCCCAAUUGGAAACCAGGCCGAUGUGUUUGCAGAUGCCAAGAUUGGUCCUGUGCAUGGGGACAUUCUCCUGGCACAACUUUGACCAGUGCAGGAACUUGAUAUAGUCAUGCACUGUGUCAAAGGAAUAGGCAAGGAUCAUGCCAAGUUUUCUCCUGUGGCCACUGCAAGCUACAGACUUCUUCCUGAAAUCACAAUAUUACAGACCAUUGAGGGAGAACAAGCAGAGAGGUUAAAGCGCUGCUUCUCACCAGGAGUCAUUGAGAUACAGAACGUGAACGCAAGGAAGGUGGCUAAAGUUGUCGACAGUCGUUUAGACGCAUGCAGCAGAGAAGUUCUCCGGCAUGAUGACUUGAAGAACUUGGUGAAACUGGGCAGAGUGUGGGAUUAUUUCAUAUUCUCAGUUGAGUCUACGGGGAUCCUUCCUCCUGAUGUCCUGGUUACUGAGGCCAUUAAUGUCCUCAUCUCUAAAUGCCAGAAAUUCCUCACAGAGCUUGAUACGGCAGAAAUGGACUAGAUGGAAGAAAAUAAGGCCAGUCACACUCAUCCCGUAGCUUUGAAUGAAGUCAUGUGAUUGGUUUACUGACACUGUGUGUAUAGCUUUUAAAGCUUUAGCUAAAAAACUCCCUUCACAAGUGAAAUCAUUCAGAUUCCAGUGAGCAGUCCGUUAUUUAACUUCAGGCCAUAACUUAACAGCAUUCUGGAAAAUGUUUGACAUUCAUGUUUAUUUAAACAAAAAUGUAUUCCUAAAUGAAUUCAAGCAGUUUCUUUUAGUCAAGUUAAUCCGUUUGGUUUAAGAUGUCAGAGCUAUAUUUGACAAAACACAU